UAUUCAUUAUUUAAAUACUUAAAAUCUUUAAAUCUAACGAUUUUACGAUUCAAUUUUUUGGGUCAAUUUUACUUAUUUUUCUCGGAAUUUCCAAAUUUUACUUAUCAUGCAAAUGACUAACUGUGUUGGAUUUAUAGGAUAGGAUGCGGAUCACUCUAAUAUGGGAAUUUCAAUAAUUACUUUUUCUCCUAACACGGCCUACAAAGACCCAAUGUCACCUUAGUCAAUGUUUAGUGCUAGGGAUGCUCACUUAGUUCCUCUCAAUUGGUUCAACCUAUCAUGCAUACUAUACUGGUGAUUCGAUCAAAACACAUGCGACAUCUAUAGCAUAUUGCUUUAGAAGAGUAUUCAUAUAGUGGGGGAUCGGUCGCCACGUCCACUAAGAAACUCUAAGAUCAUUCAUCUACCGUUAAUUGCUUUAGAGGGCAUUCCUAUAGUAGAAAUUUGAAUUUCCCAAACCCAUUGGGGUUUUCCAUGAAUUUUUUGACGAAUAAAUUCAUUGGUUUGAAUUUGGCAAAAAUCAAUCCAUUGCCAUCCCAGUUCGGAGGCGAUGAUCUCCAUCACUCAUGUAGGCUGGCUGACUGAAGCGCCAAAAACGCACCGUAUCACGCUGAGUCGCUCGCCUCCCUCUCUCUCCGAUGUCUGCAACUGAAACAAAAAUGGAGCCUCGAUUUCAUCGUUAGCGUUAAUGGAGCUCAGCUCACUCCACCAAACAAAGGCCAGCCAGAGCUACAAAUCCUUCGAAACCUUACGCCGCCGCUCCUUCUCCAUCAUCUAAUCUCUUUCGAUCCCUCCAAAACCCCUUCUGUUUAGUGGAGUAGGAAACAAACCAUGGCUGCAAUGUCCAACUCUCUGAUUGUCUCCAGAAACCCUCAGCUCUCCAACCUCUCUUCCGGUAAUUCCUUCAUUCGCUUUCUUAGAUCCCCCUGUUUUCGUCUUCUUUGGCUUCCGUUUCUUGAUUGUUAUGCUCAUUAACUGUUUCUUCUUGUUCUUCUUGCAGGUGUCGCACCUACAGUGUUGUCCUUCAAUCCCACUCGCCCUCGGAGCCUCCGAGUUGGUCCCUCGAGAAGGUCGCUCGUCGUCCAAGCUGCCUACAGGUACCAUUAGCUCUCCCCGUGUCUUCCUGAUGGUAGAACUUCAUAGACCGAUGAUAAUGGGUGAUGGAAAUUCAGUCUAAUGAGCUGCUUAUGGCUUUGAGCUUAGGGAAGGAUUUUGCACCUUCUUGUUGCUACGGUGUUGCUUUGGUUUAUAGAAUCUGCAAUUGCUAUAGUGAAUUAGACAUCUAGCUGGUAUUAGCUUCGUCGGCUUCUGCAGUGGAUUCAUUCUAGAGAUGUUCAGGGUUACGUGCUUCUUGUGGUUUGUACGAUUCUCUUGUCUCGUUUGUGGUCAGUUGCACGUUAAUUUUUUGCUUUCCAGGGAUGGUGAAAGAUCAGGCAGUACCGGAAUCUUCAUCGGCGGGUUUGUGUUGGGAGGACUCAUUGUUGGUGCACUCGGUUGUGUUUACGCACCUCAGGUCCGAUUGUCUUCCCUAUCUGAAUUGUUCUUCAAUUCUUCUUUUGUGUCGAUCAUUAGAAAAGCUACAGCGAAGAUGGUUCAGUGUGAUGUCGAUCGGCUUGUGAGUUUCUUGUUUCUGUUGUUGCCCAUUUUAGAUUAGCAAGGCACUAGCUGGCGCUGAUAGGAAGGACCUAAUGAGGAAACUCCCCAAGUUCAUCUAUGAUGAAGAGAAGGCUUUGGAGGUUUGUACUUUCUUCCUCUCUCUUUACAUUUAGCUUUUGACAGUUCAUUCGUGUGUUGUGUGGCAUCAACCAAUUCAGCCUUUUCGGUUUGUUUCGAUCUUAAAAGUCUGGAAAAAUCUGCAGGAAACCUGUCAUUUGCUCUAAGCAUUGGCAUAUUUUCUCAGUACUACUAUUUCAUUCCUUAUCUGUUGGAAACCGACAUUUCGUCUCUGAUCUGAGUUCUGACAAACUUUCUUCGUGGCUUUGCGCUGUGCCAUUUUGUCUAUUUGGUUUUGCAAUGCAUAACCAGUUUGAUAUUACGAGUCAGCAUCUGUUCUAGUUCAGGCAAUGAACUUCUUGAUGGAAACCUUUCUAAUGACAUCCUCCUCUUUCACUUGAUUUGUUUUCAGAAAACACGAAAGAUAUUGACUGACAAGAUAGCACAACUGAACUCCGCCAUUGACGAUGUCUCUUCUCAGCUCAGAUCAGAAGAUGCCCCUAAAGAAGACACGUCUGUGAACCCCGAUGAAAUCGAAGCUGCAAUUUGAGAAAUCUGUGUGUGUUUUCUUUUUUGGUUACAUUGUUGGUAUACAGUUUACUAAGCGGUCAGUAAUUUUUGAUAACUAUGAAAUAACAACAGCUGAAACCCAUCUUAAUGCGCUUUUUAGUAGCUGUUUCUGUGCCGUGCCUCCCAAGUACAAAUUGUGUAUGACUGUAUGCUACUUGCCUCCUAAGACGUUGGGCCAAGAUUGAUAUACACUUUUACUUUCAUCAGUUGCCUUUGUAAUCGAAUGAUCUCUCAUAUCACCUCUUGAAAGUACGUUGUAGUUCCCAUUAUCUGAUCCAUUGUGAUUGAUGAUGAAUUCGUUUGGAAUUCAAGCAUGAGUUGCACCAGCUUGAACUCAUGACCAUACCAUCUGAUGUUGAUAUAGAUAUUGUUACAUGCUUCAAAGUCCUCUAGACCAUCGACUUUUAGCCCUCUAAUAUCAGCCAUAGAUUUAGGCACAGUGGGAGAAUCUACAGGAUGAGAACGAAAUGUUCCUCUCGUUCUGAUAGAAUAGAAGGGCCAUCAGGCACAAACACUGAGAUCUUAUCCCCACAGAUUUUGUCUACUGACACUCUCGCCCACACGUUCUCUCGACGAUGUAAGGACCACAGAUUUUCCCAAGUGUUGGAGAAAAGAAAAUAGAUGAGAAAAAGGGAAGAAAACGUAUUUCAGCUGCCACUCUUAUAUAGGUGAAGCAUAGUUGUCAAGCUAGAGUUUAGCUCUUUGCAGCAGCCAUGGCCACUCACGCAGCUCUUGCUCCUUCAAGGGUUCCUGCCAGCACCAGACUUCCUUCUUCCAAGAUCACUCACUCUUUCCCUUCUCAAUGCUCCACCAAGAGGCUAGAAGUUGCAGAGUUUUCAGGGCUUCGCGCCACUCCUGGCGUGCUGUACGCCAAGAACACUACUGAGGCAUCCUUCUUCGACUCUGUUGCUGCUCAGCUUGCUCCCAAAGCUGCAUCCGCCACACCUGUAAGGGCGGAGACUGUUGCCAAAUUGAAGGUGGCAAUCAAUGGAUUCGGACGCAUUGGUAGGAACUUCCUGCGGUGCUGGCAUGGUCGCAAGGACUCACCUCUUGAUGUUAUUGUUGUCAAUGACAGCGGCGGUGUUAAGAAUGCUUCCCACUUGCUGAAAUAUGAUUCGAUGCUUGGAACUUUCAAAGCUGAGGUGAAGAUUGUUGAUAAUACCACCAUCAGUGUUGAUGGAAAGCACAUCAAAGUCGUCUCCAGCAGAGACCCCCUCAAGCUUCCAUGGGCUGAGAUGGGAAUCGACAUUGUCAUUGAGGGAACAGGAGUAUUCGUCGAUGGCCCUGGUGCGGGAAAGCACAUUCAAGCUGGUGCCAAGAAGGUGAUCAUCACAGCUCCUGCCAAAGGUGCCGACAUUCCAACCUAUGUGGUUGGUGUUAAUGAGCAGGAUUACUCACACGAGGUUGCCGACAUUGUAAGCAAUGCUUCCUGCACCACCAACUGUCUGGCCCCAUUCGUCAAAGUCAUAGACGAGGAAUUCGGCAUUGUCAAGGGAACAAUGACAACUACCCACUCCUACACAGGAGACCAGAGGCUGUUGGAUGCUUCCCACCGUGACCUGAGGAGAGCUAGGGCAGCAGCACUCAACAUCGUCCCUACAAGCACCGGUGCAGCUAAAGCCGUGUCGCUAGUCCUCCCUCAACUCAAGGGGAAGCUCAACGGCAUUGCUCUCCGAGUCCCCACGCCCAAUGUCUCGGUGGUUGACCUAGUCGUCAACGUAGCGAAGAAAGGAAUCUCAGCUGAGGAUGUCAAUGAUGCCUUCAGGAAGGCCGCAGAGGGACCAUUGAAGGGCAUAUUGGACGUCUGCGAUCUUCCUCUCGUGUCUGUGGACUUUAGGUGCACCGAUGUGUCAUCGACCAUCGACUCUUCACUGACCAUGGUGAUGGGAGAUGAUAUGGUGAAGGUGGUAGCCUGGUACGACAAUGAAUGGGGAUACAGCCAAAGGGUGGUUGAUUUGGCACACUUAGUAGCCAACAAAUGGCCAGGAGUUGCUGCUGGAGGAAGUGGAGACCCAUUGGAGGACUUCUGCGAGACAAACCCUUCUGAGGAGGAAUGCAAAGUUUAUGAAGCUUAGAUAGAUGAAUGAACAUCUGGAUUGGCUUUCUUCUUUUAAAAUUUUUUGCACAUUUUCGGGUUUCUUCCUUUCCCUUGUGAAGAGAGAUUGGUGCAAGAGGAUCAUGUUUCUGUAAACGUGCAGAUGAAUGGUCCAUGGUUGUGAAGAAAAUAAGGCAUUGUUUUUCGCAGAAGCUUUUGAAAGUAAAGAUCAAAUUGCAUGAUUAUUAUGUUUGUACAGAGCAAAGGCCAGAGAGUAACGAAAACCUGAGGCUGGGAAUCUAAAGAUAAACCGACGCCGCAGCGAGGUGAUCCCUUGAACGAGAUGAACUCUAGUGGAAAUUGCUAUUUGGAGCAAGGGAAAGGCGUCGAACUAAGGCUAAUGCUACCGGCGAGGAACAGCCGAACAGGGUGAAAAGAGGGGUUAAAUGCUAAGUUGGUCCAUGGCUUUACAAAUAUGUUUACUUUAGCCACUGAUACUGGAUACAUGUGCUUAGCCGUUUGUACUGACUUUACAUUCUUGUUUCAUCAUUAAUUAUUCACCGUUUAUUUACGGUUACAAGUUUGUUCAUUCGAAUUGCUAAAAGAAUUCACGUUUGCCACUAAAAUUACUUUAUUUCAUUUGUGGUCAUUAAAAUAAGUUAAAUGGUUCAAGUUUGGUCACUCUCCAUUAAAUUUUUUUGAUGUGGCAGUCAACUCUAAGAGUUGACCGUUAAAUGAGUGAGGUGGCAAUUACAAAAAUAUAUAUGAAUAAAAUUUAAAAUAUUUAAAUUUCCACCUCAUAAAUUCAAAGCCGCUUCCAAUCCAACCAACCGUCUCUCCGACUGGGAACUCCUCCGCCGCCGGCCCCUGCAACCUCACUGGCGUCACCUGCCGGUGACCCGAAUCCUUCUUGAGAACUUCAACCUCACCACCGCUUCCCAUCUCCACCUCCGCCUACUAGCUUCCCAUACUCACCUCCGGGUCCCAACCUCAAAUCCAACUCGCUCGUCGGUACCGUCGCCGAUUCCUUCUCCAAUUUAACCUCCCUCAACCUUUUUUCCCGUCCCACAACAGAUACUCCGGAGAAUUCCCUCUCCCCCUCUUCCGCCUGGAUCUUGCCCACAACAAUUUCUCCGGCGCCAUCCCUGGCACCCCACCACGCUAAGCCUGUUGACUCUCCUCCUCGAGGAAAACAAUUUCACCGGCUCCAUCUCCUCGUUAGUUUUACUGUUGUCGCUCCACGAUUUCAACGUCCCCUAUAACUGCCUCUCUGGCGGGACCCCCUUAAUCGAUGUCUGGCAUCCCUGACUCCGCUUUCUCCCGCGACUAUGCUCUCUGCAGCGAAUCGUUGGCUCAAGCCUGUAAAUCCGAGCUGAAAUUUAAAAAAAUAAAAAACUAAUUUCUUUUAAGCCGUCGAGACCAUUUCAUCUCGCUCGCCCUCGCCGCCGCCGCCGUGGGAGACGAAUCGGCAGAGUUUAGGGUAUUGGAGCGAUUGAGAGGGAACCCGCCGCACUCCCCUCGCCCUGCUUCUAGCCGCCAUCGCCCUCUGCUCUCUGUCAAUCCCACUCUCCUUCUGUACUCUUUAUGAGCUCUCUCUCACUCCGGGUAGGCUUCUCCACACAGACGACCUUGUAUUAGCUCCGCGGCCGCGACGGGAGCAGGAGUGGGAGGAACCGCCGGGAUUCGAUGGAGGACACGUUGACGGUCACGCGAGGAGAUUGAGUGGAACCAGUGGGGAUGGGGGAUUAGAAAAUUAUUUUUUAUUGGUUACGAAAAUUAGGUGGAAAUUUUAAGAAGUUUAAAUUUUAUUUAUAUAUUUUUUUUAAUUGCCACCUCAUUCAUUUAACAGUCAACUCUCAAAGUUGACUGCCACAUCAGAAAUAUUUAACGGAGACUAACGGAGAAUGAUCAAACUUGAACUCAUGAACUAAUCUUAGUGACGAGUAAUGAAAUAAAAUAAUUUCA